UCUGAUAUCAGUUCUUGAUUCAAGAGAUAUCAUUAUUUUCACUGCAGACCCAGCAAUCGUAACAAUGAAGCUUUGGUUGACCGUAGCUUGUGUGCUGGGCUUCUUCAGCGGAGAUGUCUUCACCGCAUACACCUCAAUAUCCAUCGGAACUCAAGGUCUGAAUGCAAUGGCAGCGAGCCUUAAAAGCAUCGGAACCGUUUUGAACGCUUACUACAAAAAUUUCAACAACGCCCGCAAUAAAGUACUGCCUACGAUGAACAACAUUGAAGAAUACGUGAACACCACCUACAAAGCGUUGAACGAUUCCUAUGGCGCCACGCAACCCAACAUGGUGAGCAUGAUGACCAGCGUGGAGUGGUUCGGCAAGAACUUCUACUACGGCGAACAGCAAGUCGUUUCAGCUAUGGGUUAUGAUCUGAGCAAUCAAAAUGAAGGGCUUAGACAAACCAUGCAAAACAUUAUGCAAACCUACAGCAGUCUGGUCAGCUCGAUGUCCUAUCAACAGAAUGCUGAACUUUGUAUCGAACAGAUCGCCGCAGAGGCCGGAGUUGUACCGGAACAGUUGGCGAAGUUCGGAAUAUGCCUGCAAGCCGAAGUGGAUACCGUGCCAACCUUGGUGGCUCCUCUGCUGGACAUUUUCAAGCUGGUGAAGACUGACCUCGUUGCCUUCAACAAACAACUGAAAAUCUGCGCUGCCACUUCCACCACCUGUAUCAAUGAGUACUUCAGUAACAUCUACAUGGAGUUAGGCAACAUCAACAUGGAGCUGUAUAUGGCCGCCAGCUUGCUUCAAAACUAUCAGUAUGGCUUCAACGAACGCAACCAGGCAUGCGGGGAAUUGAUCCGGUACAAUGUUCAGGACAUUUCACAGAAUUUGAUGCAAAAGAUGAGCUAUUGCAUGUAUCCACCGAUGCUGUAAAUGGAUAAAAAUAAUUAUAACGGUUCGGAAUACUGAGUGAUGUAGCAAUAAAUGUGCCAUUUUAUUGUCCGUGAUUUACUGUAUUGUUGUCACUUGAUUUCGCCAGAAAUUAUCAAAUAUAAAGUUAUCGAGAGAAAA